GCCCCAGCACUCCCUCUCUCUUCUCCACUAUGGAUAGAGCCUCCACUGAGCUGCUGCCUGCCCGCCACACACCCAGCUGACAUGGGCACCGCAGGAGCCACGCAGCUCUGCUGGGCGAUACUGGGCUUCCUCCUGCUCCAAGGCCACAACUCCGAGCCCACAGCGACCCAGACCUCUAGCUCUCAGGGAGGCUUUGGCAGCCUAAGUCUGACCACAGAGCCCGUUUCUCCCAACCCAGGAUACAUCCCUUCCUCAGAGGCUAACAGCCCAAGCCAUGUGCCCAGCGCCAGGACCCCAGCAGCUCCAAAGAAGGUGGCGCAGGCCCCCAUGGCAGCCAGUAAACCCAUGACGCCAAGGGCAGGCACCGCAGAUGGGCUCUCCCCGACCUGGCUAGGCGUCACUCGGGCCAAGCCACAGAUGCACACAUCAGGACUUGACACAUCUCAAAAUGUUCCUCCCAAUUCAACCACCAUGAGCCUGAGCACGAAGGAAGAUGUGACCAUCCUGCCCAAACCCACGUCAGAGACUGUGCUCACCGUGGCUGCAUUUGGUGUUAUCAGCUUCAUUGUCAUUCUGGUGGUUGUGGUGAUCAUCCUCGUCGCUGUGGUCAGCCUGAGGUUCAAGUGUCGGAAGAGCAAGGAGUCUGAAGAUCCCCAGAAACCUGGGAGUUCAGGGCUGUCUGAAAGCUGCUCCACAGCCAAUGGAGAGAAAGACAGCAUCACCCUCAUCUCCAUGAAGAACAUCAACAUGAAUAACGGCAAACAAAGUCUCUCAGCAGAGAAGGUUCUUUAAAAGCAACUUUGGGUCCCCGUGAGUCCAAGGAUAAUGCAGCUGCCUCGUGACUACAAGGAGGAAAAGAUGGAAUUAGUAGAGGCAAUGAACCACAUGUAAAUUAUUUUAUUGUUUCAUGUCAGCUUCCAGAUCUAAAGGACACUAGCAUUGCCCCAGAUCUGGUAGCAAGCUACUAAGAUGAGAGACACUUUCCUAUACGGACAGCUGCUGUGGAAACACUACCACCUUCUCAAAGUCACAGGAAAGAGGAGGCGACAGAGCAAGAGCAAGGAAAAUGACGAGGUGGACGGAUCUUUUCUACUUUGCAUUAAAAUUAUUUUCUGGCCUGCAGUCUAA